GUAGGAGGGGGUGAACGGGAUUUGUUUGGUGGUCGAGUUGAGUUUGGACGGGGGGGUAUGCGUAAAGUGGAAGAUCUUUAUCGUCCCUCUCCUCCGGGAUGAUUGAGAGAGGAAGGUCUGUGGAGGUUGGAUGGGUUUGGGGUUAUAAUCUCGCAAAGCUUCGCGCAAGAACGAUCAACCUGUGACAUGUUGCAUUUUGGAGAACUUUUUAUCCAWACUUAAAAAGUGAGUAGAAGCAACUUCUUUUUUUUUAAAACAAGUGUUUGGAGUCCGGAACAGAAGCAUGGCGAGCGAGAUUCCCUUGCAACAUCUGGAUCCCCGUGUCCCUGUGCGCUCUGGUUCAGCUGCUGGUGCCGCGCAGCUGUGCGCACAGCCGGCAGUGGAGAGCGGUCAGAGCGCAAUWAAAGAGAAAAAGGGAAACCCGAGCUUGAGGCGCCCUGAGAAGCCCCCUUACUCGUACAUCGCUCUCAUCGUGAUGGCCAUCCAAAGCUCACCGAGCAAAAGACUCACUUUAAGCGAGAUUUAUCAGUUCUUGCAGGCCCGCUUCUCUUUCUUCAGAGGAACGUACCAGGGAUGGAAAAACUCCGUCAGACACAACUUGUCCCUGAACGAAUGUUUUAUAAAGCUGCCAAAAGGUCUGGGGAGACCUGGAAAGGGUCACUACUGGACCGUCGACCCGGGCAGCGAGUUUAUGUUUGAGGAGGGCUCCUUCCGCCGCAGACCGCGGGGGUUCCGGAGAAAAUGCCAAGCUUUGACGCCGAUGUACCGGAUGAUGAACGGAWUUGGCUUUGGCGCGUCUGUGCUCCCUCAGAGCUUUGAUUUCCAAUCCGCUUCAGGUUCGUUAGCAUUUCACAACAGCUACAACUUAGACCUGAUGGGUAAUACAGUGCCAGGUGGAUUUGAGGGGCUGGGAGGGGGGCAUCACGUCCCGCAUGUCUCAUCAAGCUCCGGAUAUAUGGCCGCCUCUAACUCGGACUGUUACCCGGACAGCAGCAGCAGCAGCAGCCCCCUGCAGUCCUCAGCAAUGGUGGGCUCGUUGGACUGUCAGCAUCAGUAUGCAAAUGCAGCUUCGCACUGGAAUGCGCCUGCAUCCUCCUUCAUCAAACAGCAGGCUCAGAGCGCGUCAUCUCAUCCUCUGGAUCACAGCUACCUGCACCGCAGCGCGCGAGAGGCACCUUACGCUUCAGGAGGACUGUCUCGAUUUUCCAGCCCCUCAGCUGCUCCUGUUCGGGACAGGAAGGAACUGAUUUUAAACCUAAAUGGAUUCUCUUCCCUCCAUCCCAGCAGCGGAGGAUCUUAUUCCCAUCAGCAUCAUCACCAUCAUCAACAGAGCGUUUAUCAGGACGUGAAGAUAAAUGUGAUGUAACAAGAAGAGGAGAAUGGGACUAACUAAUAACAUUUUUUUGUAACAUGACUGGAUUUUUUCUCUUUACAUGUUUGACGUCACACACAAGCGAAAUAAAUUCAGAAAAAUGUGAAUUACUCAUACACUCA